AUGAAACGCAUAUCGGUUUUCUUUAUGCUCCUCCAUUUUCUGGCGCUGCGAUUCUGUGCAGCGGCGGACCACGACGCCUCCAGCAUCGUCUUCACAACGCUCGGCAGAUUAGAUUACUACUUCGACAUCUUCACCCUCCCGAUUCAGGGGGGCCUACCUUCCGCAGCCACCGAGACCCGAAUCACAGAUGCAAAAUCCGUCAAUUUCAACGGCCACUUCCCCAACCUAACCCGAAUCCAAUCCCAUACCCGACCCGACCCAUCACUCCACCUCAUCUACGUCACCGAAAGAAACGGCUUUUCCAACAUAUACUACGACGGUGUUUAUCUCACUUCGCCGACGACGAUCGGCGGAAGAAGGUCCGCUCUCGAAGUCUCGGACCGGGUUCAGGUCCCGCUAUUGAGCUUGGAGCAGGGCCAGAAUCGUUUUUCUAUGAAGGACCGGCCGAGCUUGACCGGAGAUUACUUGGUUUACGUCUCGACUCACGAGGACUCGGGCGUGCCGAGGACGAGUUCGGCCGCGGUGUACUCGACUCACAUCAACUCGGGCGUGACUCAGAGAUUGACCCCACGCGGCAUCGCUGACUUCAGCCCCGCGGUGUCUCCGUCUGGGGUUUGGACGGCGGUGGCUUCGUACGGACCGAAAGGCUGGGACGGGGAGGUGGAGGAGCUCAGUACGGACAUCUACGUCUUCCUGACUAGGGACGGGACUCAGAGAGUUAAGGUGGUCGAACACGGUGGGUGGCCGAGUUGGGUCGAUGAGUCAACCAUUUACUUCCACAGAAGAGGCGAGGAUCAGUGGUGGAGUAUUUACAGGGCUAUUUUGCGGAGAGAGGGACCGAGUUCGACUGAGUCAGUGGUGGUUCAGCGCGUCACGCCGCCGGGUCUCCACGCGUUCACACCCGCCUCAUCACCGGGGAACCGCGAGUUCAUCGCCGUGGCCACCAGAAGACCCACCUCGAGCUUUCGCCACGUGGAGCUCUUCGACUUGGUGAGGAACGAGUUCAAGGAGCUGACCCGGCUCGUCUCGCCCCAAACCCACCACUUCAACCCUUUCAUAUCCCCCGAUUCCAGUCGGGUCGGGUAUCACAAGUGCAGAGUGAACGGAAACGGAGUAGAAAGCCCCAAGCUUUUUCUUCAGAACAUCGACAGUCCAAUCCCUAACCUCUCGAUCUUGAGAAUUGACGGUUCGUUCCCUUCGUUUUCACCCGCUGGUGAUCGUAUCGCUUACGUGAACUUCCCGGGUGUUUAUGUUGUGAACCUGGACGGUUCGAACCGGCGCCGUGUGUACCCUGGAGCUGCCUUCUCAACAGCGUGGGACCCAGUGCGUAAAGGCGUCUUAUACACAGGGGCUGGACCUGAUUUUGCACCCGAGAGUACUGAGGUUGAUAUCAUCUCCAUCACCGUUGAUGACGUUGACCAAGCGAGCUUUAAGAAGUUGACCACUAAUGGGAAAAAUAAUGCUUUUCCUUCAGCCUCUCCCGACGGAAAACGGAUCGUGUUUCGCUCGGGUCUGUCGGGUCAUAAGAACUUGUAUAUCAUGGACGCCGAGGAUGGGGAAAGGAGUGGGCUCCACCGACUAACGGAGGGUACGUGGACGGACACAAUGUGCAAUUGGUCUCCUGAUGGGGAAUGGAUUGCAUUUGCAUCGGACCGGGACGACCCGGGUAGCGGGAGCUUUGAGUUGUAUGUGAUCCACCCGAAUGGAACCGGGUUGAGGAAAGUGAUCCAAAGUGGAUCAGGCGGUCGCACCAACCACCCUUGGUUCAGCCCGGAUGGGAAAAGCCUAGUUUUUACUUCGGAUUAUAGGGCUAUAUCAGCUGAGCCCAUCUCAAACCCGCAUCACUAUCAGCCUUACGGUGAGAUCUUCACAAUUAACUUGGACGGGUCUAAUCUUAAGAGGUUGACACAAAAUUCUUAUGAGGAUGGGACCCCUGUGUGGAUCCCUCAUUUCAUUAAGCCCACUGAUGUUCAGUGGCCAAUUGAGAGGCCUGGCUGUGAGUUUGAGGACUUGCAGUGGCUCAGUAAGAUGGGACCAAGUUAUGGUGUUGGGGCUGCAUCUUGGGUCUUAAACAAGCCUCAAUGUGGUGUGUAA